AUGGCGAACAAAUUGCCGGAUUUAUCCAUGGAUUUGUGGAAGGAUAUCUUAGCAAGGUUGCCCGCGAAAACCCUAAUGAGAUUCAGGUGCGUUUGUAAAACCUGGUGCUCUAUAAUUGAUUCUUCUGAUUUCAUUUUUUUGCAUCAUCAAAUUUACGACAACAACAAACACAAGUAUGUAAUAGCAAGAAAACUCGGUGAAUAUAGCAUUUAUAGUAUCGAUACAUUCAUGAAAAUUGAUGUUUUCUCCAAAACUCCUGAUCGUUGCGUUGUUGUAGGGAGUUGUAAUGGAUUGGUUUUGAUGUAUUCCUUAGCGUAUAAAAACAUUCAGAUGAUGAUUUAUAAUCCUUGUAUUCGAAAGUCCGUUGUUAUUCCACCUUGCCCUUUUAGAUCGAUGGGAUAUAGAAUAGAUCAUUGGCUUGGUUUUGCUCCGUCGAGUAAGGAUUAUAAGUUGCUUGCUUACGGGUGUGCUAGUCUUAAGUCUCCCGAGUUUUCAAUCGCGGUUUAUUCAUUAAAUGAUCGCGUUUGGAGGAUCAAAGAUAGGUCGGAUGCACACGUUCGAGGCCUUAGUUUUAAAGAUGAGGAUACAUUUUAUGUUAAGGGUGGUGUGUAUUGGUUUGGAUAUGAUCCGGACAAACCUCGUGGCUUACAUACUCAUCUUGGGUGGUUCGAUUUUGAUUCCGAGGAAUUUAACUUGGUGGAUUUGCCUGAUGCUCUUAAACAAACAGGGCUCGUUAUUAAAACUAGUUUUGUCCUCGGUGAGUCUAUAGCAGUUUUCGGUAUGUCUUCGGAUUGUACCUUCAUAUGGGUUUUGAUCGAGGAUGGUGGGAAUAAAUCAUGGCAACUGUGGUAUAAUGGAGAUUCAAAUGUAAAAGCUCUUGGGUUUCUUACAAGAAGUAUUUGUACGGGGAUUUUCGAUGUUGAGAAGAAUACAUUUUUCGUAUUUGAUAAUGAGAGGUUGUAUUCUUAUAAUUAUAAAAGUCACCACAUACAACUUGUGGAAAAUUAUAAUGAUGGUCGUAAAUUUUUUUUCACUUUUAAAGAGAGUUUAGUACUGCAUACAAAAAACAAGGGUAUGGACAAGACGGCUGAAUAUCAAAGAAGAUCUGUAAAGUUUUGUUGA